AUGUUUCCCGUCAUCUCUAACGGCAUCGACCGACCGCCGUCACGGGCGCGAAAAAUCCGCCUAAUCUUCGACCGCUUCGACGCUAACGGAGACGGCCGCCCUCGACCGUCAAGAAAUGGCCGAGCUAGUCGCCGCGUUAACGGGCCGGCCGUCAACUUCACCCCCUAUCAGCUCCCCUCCGUCGUCGACGAGGUUUUCCGAUCUUACUCCGAUUUCAUUCCAAACCCUAGCGUCGGCCUCUCUCUCGUCGGCUUGAUCCAGACCUACAACGACGGCGCCGGCGACGUUGACCGUGAUUUCGCCGCCCUUUUCCCAGACGCUGACACUAACCUCGACGCCGUCCAAAGCCCUAACCCUAAUCAUGAGGAGGUUGACUACGAGAGUACCCGGACAGCGGUUGAGGAACUCGAGAUUGCGAUUAAAGCUCGAAUUAGGGCUUCGAGGCUGAGCGCCGUCGCAAAAGAUCCGAUCCCCUUCGGCGGAUGGUCGACUGACCUCAGUUCGGAGAUCGACAGAGCAAGAGACGAGAAUUCGAGCGAAACCAGAGCAUUCUCGAAGAAAUUGAGAGAAAUCCGUCUCAGAAUUGACCAGUCGUCGACGACAAACGAAGCUUUUGCCGGCCACAUGGCGAUCGGAAGGACGCUCCACGAUCGGAAACUGCUCGACGAAGCGAUCGGGAGCUUUCGGAGGGCGAUCGAGCUCAAACCGACAGAUGCUCGAGCUCAUUAUCAAUUGGGUAACAGCCUAAUGUCGCUCGAACGAUCGUCGGAAGCGAAAGAUCGCUACUCCACCGCUCUGAAGCUAGCGGAGAGCGAUUCGAUCAGGUGGGCGAAUCUCUUACCUCAAGUCCACGUAAAUUUGGGGAUCGCAAUGGAAAACGAAGGGCUGUUGAUCAACGCCAGCGAGCAUUAUCGCGAGGCCGCGAUCCUUUGCCCUGCCCAUUACCGAGCUUUGAAGCUUUUAGGCAGCGCUCUGUUUGGCGUCGGAGAUUAUUUUCCCGCAGAGAAAGCUCUCGAGGAGGCGGUUCUUUUAAAACCCGACUUCGCCGAUGCACAUUGUGACCUCGGGUCGGUUCUUCAUUCGGUCGGAGACGACGAGAGGGCAAUGCUGUCAUUUCAGAGGGCGAUCGAUCUCAAACCCGAUCAUUUGGACGCGCUUUACAAUCUCGGCGGGUUGUUUAAGGACGUCGGCAGGCACCGGAGAGCGAGUGAGAUGUACGCCAGAGUCUUGGAGAUUCGACCGGACCACUGGCGGGCCCAGCUGAAUCGGGCCGUGUGUUUACUGGGCUCGGGCGAGGAUCGAGAAGCGAUGAAAUCACUGAGCGAAGCUUUUAGGAUGACGAAUCGGAUAGAAGUGUAUGAUGCUCUGAGACGCUUGAAGAUGCUGAAGAGGAGACGCGAAGAGGGUUGCAGCGUGAGUUGGAUAGUCGAGGAUGCCUCUAAGUUCAAAUUGGUCGGUGAGAAAACCGGCGAGAGAAAAUUGUUGAUCGAUGCACUUCGGAUUCGAGAGAUUCAGAGAGCGACGAAGCUAGGGGGAUGCGGUGUCGAGGUUAUGAAGAAAGAGAUGGAAGGAAUUGAAGCUAGGACAAGCGAAAGAUCGAUAAGGAAAUCCGAACUCGAGCUUGUUCUUCGCAGGCUCUUGCAUUUCCUACCGCCCGAGACGUUCCAAAGUGCGGUGAGAGCAAUCGACAGGAAAUUUUGGGCGGUAUUGGAUGUUACGGGUUCUGGAAAGAUAGACUACAAGAUGUUCUUCGCUAUUAUAUCACCUAUAUGCUAUGGUUCGCCGGAGAAACGCAAGCGUGCAGCCUUUGAGGCUCUUUUAUGCCGAGCAUCAAACGGCGGCGUUAAAGUUCAUGUUUAUUUGAGAUAUCUAAGGGUCGUCUAUCUUCCCUCUCUAGGUUUUACCGAUUUGAUUGGAAUCAGUGGAGGCGGAGAAGAUGUGGAUAUUUCAUUUCGUGAGUUCAUCGAUUGGUUCGAUGACCCAGAUCGAGGUUUUGGGGUGAUGAGCUCCCUGGUUAAGUUGGAGGCUGGCGACAGAGCUCGAAGGGGUAAUUACUCUUGUGGAGUUUGUAAGUAUAGAGUUGGUGGAUUGAUGUUGAAGGAGACCAGUUCACAUUUCUGUCUGUGUGCUAGUUGCUAUAGCGAGUGCAGGGUGCCGUUUGCUUUUCAGAGAGAAGAAUACAAGUUCAAAGAGUACAUUGUAGAGUAG